AUGCGCCAGGAGAUUGAAGAUAUUGACCUCUGGGUCGAUGCUGUGUGUAUCAACCAAGCCGAUAUUGCGGAAAAGAAAGCGCAAGUCGCUUUGAUGGACCGGAUAUACAAGGAAGCUACUUCAAUCCUUGUUUGGCUCGGAGGUAGCAAUCUCGAUGCUUCGCUGGCUUUCAACCUUCUGAAAUUAUUGGCCGAUUUAAGAGCCCAGGAUGACCUUCCUGAUACCAAAGCGAAGGCAGACAGCUGGGCGUCGGUGAUCAACUUGACCAAGAAAAGCUACUGGAGACGUGUGUGGAUUCUUCAGGAGUUGGAAUUUUCGAAGAAAGCUGAAGUCGCGUGGGGCUCUGAAACGAUAAAACUGGAGACUAUGGCGAGGGCAUGGUCUACAAUUUUGACAAAACGUAAACAGGUUGAGGCUAUACUUCACCGGGCGGGAUGGGAUGACUCUUCUGCGCAGUAUUUUUUCAAUAGAGUCACUGCCCAGAUUGAGUUCCAAUCAAACCCAUGCACCAUACGAGCAUCUUGGGUAGAUCAAACGUUCGAAAGAGAACGAGUAACGUCUGCAGCAGGAAUCCAAGACCAUGAUGACGAUUUCGAAGAAGCUACCGCACCCGAGUUUCGAUGUCAAUACUGCUUAGCGGAGAAAUCUACUUUGGGUCAACUCGACCGCCAUAUCCGGACUCAUACCCUGCCUUACCGGUGCGACUUUCAAGGUUGUGAGAUCGGAAAAGCUACCCAACGGGACCUCGAUCGUCACAUGGACGCGCACCUCAAGAUUCGGCGAUACUUCUGCCCCGUUAAAGGCUGCCCAUGGCACCCCAACGGCCCCACAGGCGGCUUUUCCAGAAGACUGGACAAUGCGAAGAGACAUCUCAAGUCACAUAUUGACUAUCAUGACUUAGUAGACAAUGUGGAUGCUUCUGUUGUGGUUGACCGGUCCAAACCAUCAACGAUAAAUCUUGUACGACUCAAAGAAUCCGACGACUCCGAUUCAGGUUGCUCCGUCGCCUCUCUUGAGUCGUUCACUCCCUCGAUAAUAGCAAGCUCCGCAACCUCUAUUUCUGAUAUGGAGCCCCUGGCAAGAGAUAGUGUUGUAGAGAUAUCCUACUUGAUAUCUAACGAUGAUCAGCUUCAGAAGCUGUUGGAGAAGGCUUUUUGCUUCAUAGAUCCUGAAAAAGUUACCCGCAAUUUCCGCCGUAUAUUGCGGUCCUUCUCCCAGGACUUGAUGCGCGAAGCAACAACGCUGCCUCAAAAGCAGGUAGCCAAGCUUGUAGGGCACAAGUCAAGGCAAAUAGCCGUUCUUGUCCGUGAGAAUGUGCUUCCGAGUAAGCUCCUAAUACUCCCAGAACAGAACGUCGAUCCAGUGCGCGAAGACCGGCUUCAGGAUUAUCUUCAAGAAAUAUCCCCUCAACUGGACUCUAUAUCAGAUGUCUUGAUUGCACCUACUAGAGCAUCAGUGAUUGAUGAUGACAGUGACGUGGAGAACGAUGAUGAUGAUCCAGCGGAGCACCCAGAUCUGACAAAGCUAAAGGAGUGGUUCCUUUCAGCGAAUGCGAUGCAAAACUUCAGAAACGAUUUCUUGUUGUUUUUAUCCCCUGUCGAGGCGGUCACUACAAACCAAGCUAUAGAAGAUGCAUCCCCCAGCCUAACCAGCUCUCCAGAGUCAGAUAGGGACUCAGGUGGUGAAGUCGGGUUUACAAAGAAUGCAACGAUUGGAACGAUUGUGAAGACUGUCCAAGGUACCAAAAUGCUUGGGGUGCUAUCUUUGUUCCAAAAAACUUCAACAGUUUGGAAUUAUAUCAAUGCGAAGCAGGCGUUGGAGCCGGGGCUAGUGAGAUUGAAUUGGACGUGUAACUGUGGUCAUACUUCCCACGAUGACUUCCGAGAACUUCGCCCUGGGGCUGUCGCUGCUUAUGCGGGAAAGCUGGUUGACUCAGGAUAUGUAACUCACGCUCAGUCAACUAAUUUAGGCUCUGGUUCUACGGUCACUUUUAUUACAGCCGCUCGGAACAAAGCCACAGCAGUUGGCCGCAACAUUGGGAAUUUAAAGUUUGGGAAGCAAGGGAGAAAUCCGAAACCAAAGACGAGAAAGUUUGCAAAUAUUCAAUGCUCACCCACGCCCGGCGUGACUUGCAGAUGGCUUCAUCUCUGCUUGAAGCAACGACCAAAUGCAAAAGUGAUAAAACUCGAAUCGCUUCAUAUUUGCAAAGAUGACAAGCAGAAAGACUUGACCGAUGCCAGCUUCUUUAAGGUUUUGCGCAGAGCGUGGAAAAUGCAGCGCACCUGGACAGAUCUGAUAUUGUUCAAGCUAGCGCGCAUCGAAUUCAUUGAGUUCUCAGCCUUCCCCGACGAUUCAGUUGACCGCAUCGUGGCCGAUAAAGUCCCUCCUACAACAGAUCAUUAUGACUUCGCUCCUCCACCGCCGCUAGAGAUGGUGCCUCCAAUUGCAGCCGAGCAUAUGGUUCAUCUUCUCCUUUCAGAAUGUACACCAUCAAUGCAAGGCAGUUCCUUCUACCUCUCACAACUCCCGAAAAAGAAAGACAAGCCUCUUAAGUUUUCAGCACUACUUCCGCCCAGCCUAGAGUUCAACACAGGCUACGGACUGCGUUUCGUCGAGACUCCAGAUCCUUCUAUAAUCGUCAGUUUUCUGUUCGUAAUGGCUGUCGUGAUAGGAACAGUUUUCGGGAUUUGUUGGACCGUUUUUCAAAAAGAUAUGCAGGAUGCUUAG